AUGGCGCACUUCAAAACCCUCAGCGACUACGAUCUGAGAAUUUACCCGGACUCCAUCGUUUCGGCAUGGGGCUCGCCGCCGGUACCCCUGUCUUAUAUCUCCAGCAACGUCGCCAAGCUCUACGACAGGCCGGCCGAGGUCGACCUUCUCUCCUCCAGCUGCCUCUACCCCAACACGCCGGGCUUCUAUCCUAGGCUGGUACCCAACUGCACUGCUGUCUGCGCGGACCCGGCUUACCUGUUUGCCAACUCGCGGAACCUCUGGAGCUGCGCGACCCUCGCCGCCGUAGCGCGCCUGGUCGAGGACGGCGGCUCUGAUGCCAUCACGCUGGACAGGUCGUCGGUGCAGGCGGCUAAUACGGCCUUCAAGCUUGGCUACGGAGACAGCAGGAAUCAGACCUUUGGGUUCGACACAGGCUCGACGCUCAAGGCGAUCGGGGCGUGCGCCCGGGCGAGCUGUGAAGUGAGCGGCGGACUCGUCUGCUCUGUCGAGUUGAAGGAGAGCAUCAACGGCACGUCAGCGUCCGGACCCAAUGCUGUACGAAGCUUGCGGGACACGUUGGGAUCUUACUGCAACAAUGCCAGUGAGGACAGCAGUGCAGACGUCGCUGGGCCGGGGAUCGCCAUCUCCAUCAUUAUCCAGACCAUUCUAUCCCUCGUCCUGUUCGUGCUCAUCAAGAUUUCGACUUCCUGGCUGCGCUUUGCCGUCUACCCCUUCAUGACGAAGAAAUCAUCAGUCCCGCCAGCUGAGAGCACGCUCCCGCAAGGGCUCUGGGAGACGGCCACCAUGGUCCAGGGCGCCGUCAAGGGGUCCCGGCCCGCCACCGCUCUGCUCAGCGCCGCCUUUGACUUCCACGAGAUACAGCUCUACUUCGCCAUCGCCAUCCAGACCGCCGCGCUGCUCGCGAACAACAACCUCGAGACUUCCCAGUCCGGCGCUGCCGGAUCGUACGCCGCCCUCAUGGUCACCAUGGACCGCGUGACGAACCUCGCCAUGAACGCCUUCCUGCCGUGCCUCCUCGUCGAGCUCCUGCUGCGCCGCGCCUGCACGCGCCACCGCUCCGGCGCCCGGCGGCCGAGCCCGCACUCCUGGUGGACGCUCCUGCUCGUGACCGUCUCCUGGGGCCUCGGGUGCGCCGUCAUGGCCACCCAGCCGCAGCUCGACUUCGACGACCUCGCGAGGCAGUUCAGGGCCCGGCGGCCCCUCGCGGCGUGCGGCGGGAACCCGUCGCUGGCGCUGUACUGCGGACUGGACCGGGGGCUCGCGGGCGCGUCCGACUUUGCGCCGCUGCUCUACGCCGUCGGCGUCGGGUACCCGGUCGUGCCGGCGCUGUGGGUGCAGCAGGUCGCCUGGGCCGUCGCGUGCCGGGGCAAGUCGGACGAGGCGGUCCGGCGCGCCGGGUUCUACGGCCUGGGCAUCGCGGGCAAGAUCGGCGGGGGGCAGACGCCCCCGGCGAGCCGCAGCGCGGGCAGGACGGUCUGGAUCUGGAUCGUGGAGGUCGUCUGGGCUCUGCUCCAGGGCGCGACGGUCGUGUUUACGUGUUUCUACGUCAAGGGCCUUGCCGACGUGGUCCAGCGCGUCGGCCUCGGUGCUGCGCAGUGGACCUUUGGGCAGGUGGUUGCUGUCAUGGUCUGGGCGCCUUUCAUCGCGCGCCUGGUCUAUCUACAAUUGUUUGGUGUCAAGAAGGGGUUCGCCGUCCGGCUGCCGGAGGAGUACCAGGUCGUUCGGCGGCAGAAGGAGGCUGUGCUGCAGGAGGGCGAGGACUCCCCGUUUGCAGACCCGGCCAACAUGGAGCCGCAGGAGCGCGCGGAAUGGCCGCGUGCCGCGAAGUGA